UCAACAGGGGGAAAAAUCGCAGGUUCGUAGAAACUCCUAAUAAACGCAUCUCACCCCUUGCUACGCCGGUGCCGGCAAUUUCGCCCCAAGAAUUCUGUCGUUGCUCGCCCGGCCCCUCCCCCCCCUCCAGACCGCCGCCGUCUUUCGGUUGUGCCCAUCUCUCUCUCUUUCUCUCUCGGCCAUUGUCGCAGUCAAGUUCUUGUGUGAAGCUACGCAACUCGGAGAGACGCUUAAUAAAGGUCCAGACUUUUCAACCAAAACCCCAGGGGAAAUGGUGUCUGACCUAAUCAAUGCCAAUCCCGUGGUGUAUGAGAAGAAGGAACGCCGGGUUCGGAGCACGCCGUCAUGUCUCGAUGAAUACGCUGCCGAACCCAUCGAUCAGCUAGAGAUUUUCGAUCAUCUCAGAGAUAUAAAGGACCCGGAACACCCAUACUCUUUGGAAGAGCUGAAGGUAAUCACCGAAGAUGCCAUCGAGGUAGAUGAUUCGAAUAGUUAUGUCAGGGUCACAUUUACUCCAACAGUUGAACAUUGCAGUAUGGCAACAAUAAUUGGUUUAUGCCUAAGAGUGAAACUUAUGAGGAGCUUGCCAACACGAUACAAGGUGGAUAUUAGGAUUGCACCUGGUAGUCAUGCAACCGAAGCUGCAGUAAAUAAGCAACUAAAUGACAAAGAACGGGUUGCUGCUGCGCUGGAGAACCCUAACCUGGUGGACAUGGUCGAUGAGUGUUUGGCUCCUACUAAUGGCUUAGCAGGAUGAAAGCGAUUUCUGCUUGGUGAUUUAAGCAGGUCUACCGGGCCAAGAUGUAUAGGUUAUUUCCCUAUUCAAUCAUGCACUUGCCAUUUUCUUUCAUAGAGUGCCAUUGGCGGGUAGAUUUAGUUAAAAGGCUAUAAAAUAUCUAUACUUUUGUUUCCUGUGACAUGUAAGUUUCAGUAGCUUGAGAUAUUUGGAGCUUUGAAAUGUACUAUUUAGCAGCCAAAUUUUAAUAUAAAUUGUGUAAUCUGGUUUUAAAGCAUAUUCGUGUCGGGAUGUU